AUGACAGUCCCCGCACUCUUUUCUCUGCUGCUGGCGCUCGCUGUCACGCUAUGGAGCUUGCCAGCUUCAGCAUCUUCGGACUACCAGGAACAGCUCUUCCUCCAACCGCUCCCUCAAUCGUCCCUCCUCGCCUCAUUCAAUUUCCGGGGUAAUACCUCCCAGCAAUCGUUUGACAACCAACAUUUCAGAUACUUCCCACGGGCCCUAGGCCAAAUUCUUCAGCAUGCUCACACGAAAGAGCUUCACCUUCGAUUCACUACAGGGCGAUGGGAUGCUGAGAGUUGGGGCCCUCGGCCGUGGAACGGCAGCAAGGAAGGAGGUACCGGUGUUGAGCUUUGGGCAUGGAUUGACGCUACAGAUGACGAGGAAGCUUUCGCCAAAUGGAUCACCUUGACACAAUCUCUCUCGGGCCUGUUCUGCGCCUCGAUGAACUUCGUCGACUCGACUCGUACCACCCGUCCUGUUGCUUCUUUCGAGCCCACGGGUGACCACCCGCAUGCUGAGGGGCUACACCUACUCCAUGGAACCCUCCCUGGCGAGGUAGUAUGUACGGAGAACUUGACACCGUUUUUGAAACUCCUCCCAUGCAAGGGUAAAACUGGAAUUUCUAGCCUUUUUGACGGGCACAAAUUGUUUGAUGCAGCAUGGCAGAGUAUGUCCGUUGAUAUGCGGCCAAUAUGCCCCUCGGAUGGUGAAUGUCUUGUGCAAAUUGAGCAGACCGUAGAUAUGGUUUUAGACAUUGAGCGGUCCAAGAGAUCUCGAACCAAUCCAAUCCCACGGCCGGUUCCCAAUGAGCAAUUGCUUUGCGAUGCUUCCAAGCCUUAUAACUCAGAGGAUACCUGCUACCCUCUCGAGAAGGCGAGUGGAAAGGCAUGGAGCCUCCAAGAGGUGUUUGGGCGAAGCUUGAAUGGCGUUUGCCCUCUCGCAGAAUCGGAUGGCUCAAGCGAACAGUCUGUCUGCCUUCGCGUCCCCCAUGAGCGGCAAGUCUUCCACUCGGAGGGUGCCGUGGAGCACAAGAAACCGGAUGGAUUUACUCGUUGCUUCUCUUUAUCGUCCUCUCAGCCUUUCGACCUUUCGAUCCCCGAGCAACCUGGGCAGGUGCAAGUCCCUCUCGAGGCGCCAGUCCUGCACGCGGAGCGAACUAUUGUUGGCCAUGGCCAGGAGCGUGGCGGCAUGCGCAUCAUCUUUGGCAACCCGUCUAAAACCACUUCUGUGGAUUUCAUCUUGUUCGAAUCUCUUCCAUGGUUCCUUCGACCAUAUAUCCAUACCCUGCAGGCUACUAUCACAGGCCCUGAUGGUGUUCCCCGCGAGGUACCAUCCUCUGAACUUGUAACCGGCACUUUUUACCGGCCCGCCAUCGAUCGCGAACGCGGUACUCAGCUGGAGCUGGCACUAUCCGUCCCAGCGGCUUCGAGUGUCACCUUGACAUAUGACUUCGAAAAGGCCAUUCUCAGGUACACUGAAUACCCUCCGGAUGCCAAUCGUGGAUUCAACGUUGCGCCUGCCGUUAUUCGAAUCCUGAAUGCCCCCGGUAGCGCCCCAGUCUAUAUCCGAUCCACCAGUCUUCUCCUGCCGCUACCGACCCCGGACUUCAGUAUGCCCUACAACGUGAUCAUUCUCACCAGUACUGUGAUUGCACUUGCGUUCGGCACCGUUUUCAAUAUUUUGGUGCGACGCAUUGUGUCUGUGGACCAGGCGGCUGCCCUCGGCGCUCAGAGCCUCAAGGGUCGGAUUCUGGGCAAGUUGGUUGCUAUCCGUGACCGUCUUCGGAAGAAGGAAACCAAGGUGGAAUAG